AUGCCGCACGCAACGAAAACAACUAUCGGGCCGCCUGACGCCUCGCUCCUCUUCUCCGGCAAGGAAUUGCAGCGGUACUUCAUCUGGCACCGAGAGGCGUACCCUUUCCCAUUUGCCCAUCAGAAUCGAGGGCGACUCCCCACAGCGACCCAGUACCAUGACUUCCAGCAGUGGCAACGGAAGCGGAGAGAGCAGGAGCUAGGUUUGCGCGAUGUGUCUACCAUGUACUCGGAUCUGGAGAAACGCAUCACCUGCCGACUGUCCCAUCCUCGAGAAGCUCCUCUGCCGCGUCACCGCGUCGCCCGCUUGUGCAAACAUGUGCUCCAUCCCAUUACGUCACAAUCCAAGAUCAAGAGGAUCGAGCGGUGUCCGUCUUGCCUCGUCGAUAUCCACCUGGCUUAUAUGGCCGUCUUGACGAACACCAGGGAAGAAUUGAAGGAAAUCGCAGAGUGGGACGAGUCUUGGUCGGAAAAGUAUGCGCAGUCAUGUGAUGCUUGGAAUGCCGGGAAGCUCGCCGCGAUAAACAUGAUCUAUAAACUCGAAGAGGACGCCAGGCUGGAGAGCCAUUGGCGCGACACGCAUCCCACGGACGACGUUUUUGACGCCAUGAGUGCCGCAGCGGCAGUGGACAAGUACUGGUCAAGUUUCGGAAUGGCAGACGUACUGUAUGUCAGGCGCGCGAGGGCGCCUGUCCGGCACUCCCCACGGUACGAGCCGGGAGAAUAUGCGCUUCCUAUAUCCGACAGGGACUGUGAUACAUCCAGUAAUGAUGAGGAGGAGGAAGCGCAUGGCAGAAAGGGGAAUUUAGCUGAGGGCGAAGAUGUGGACGAGUAUAAGAAAGCUGAUGUGAUGAAAGAUGAUGAAAUGGACAAGUAUAAUACAGACGCCGAGAUAGAGGAUCGCGAAAGGGAUGACACAGACGACAACAGAGCGGAUGACAGCGAGAGUGAUGAUUUGGAUACCGGCGAUAACACCGAUGUUGAAUGUAAUGAAACGGACGAUUAUUGUGACCAGGGGGACAGAACAUCAGUACGAAGAUGA